AAAAGAAAAAAAGAAAAAAAAAAUGUAACUGCUCUCUCCCGGGCAUGAAAAGCGUUUUUCAAUUUCGUUGCUCUCAAUUCGCAGAUCUCUCCGCACGGAACCACCGUCGCCCUCCUCCUCCUCCUCCGCCUCCUCCGUCGUCUUCCCCAUAAGGACGCCCUCUAGGGUUUUUGGCUCGCAUUAAUCUUCCUCCUCCUCGGCGAAUCUCUGCCGCUGCAUUUCCCGCGGCGCCACAGGACUGUCUUUAGAAGCACAAGAUGAGCGGUUCAAAGGAGAAUGAGGAGAUGGAUAAGGAGGUGCCGCCAGCUCCAAAUCUCGUUGAUGAAGGGCAGCCAAAUGAAGUGCAAGUUGAGGCUUCUCAUGAACAAUCCCCUCAUCCAGUUCCUGUAGAGGAAAAUUUGAAGCCAAUUGAGAAUGGGCACACUUUGCCCGUGGAGGAUUCUUCAACUGAUGAUAAGAAACUAGAACCUGUCUCAAGUCCUCCACUCUCUGCCCCAGAUAGUAUAGCUAUUGCAGAAAAUCAGCAAGAUGUGCCCAAGCGUGAUAGUGCAAGUGCUGAAUCUGCUGCUGCUGCCAAGGAUGAGAUACAGAAGGAAGCCACUGAUUUGCUUCAGAAGGAUGCCACUGAUUUGCCUCAGGAGGAAGCCACUGAUUUGCCUCAGGAAGAAGCCACUGAUCUGUCUCUAGAGGAAACCAAGGUUGAUUCUACCACCCUAGCUCAGAAGGAAGCCGCUGAGUUGCCUCUACAGGAAACCAAUGUCGAUUCUACCACCCUGGCUCAGAAGGAAGCCACUGAGUUGCCUGUGCAGGAUACAAAGGUCGAUUCUACUGCCCUGUCAGCAAGUCAUCCAGAACUUGUCGAACCGAUAUUGGAGCCCAAAGCAGAAGAUACUGAGAUGGUGGAAAGUAAAACGGGUGCUGUUUGUGAUGAUUUAUCCUCAGUAGAAAGAGACAACAUCAUUGCACCUAAUGAUGCAUCCAUUGACACUAACGCUGAAAUUGAGAAAGUGGAACCGAUGAAGGUUGAGGAGCAUCAGACUGAGACCCCUGUAGCUAAGGAUAAUGGCAACUCCAGUUUGAAAAAUUUAUUUCUGUUAGACGAAAAUGAUGAAGGUAGUGAGUCCGGGACAGAAGGGGAGCAAUCAUCAUUCAUGAAGGAACUGGAGAGCUUCUUUAGGGAGAGGAGCAUGGAGUUCAAACCACCUAAGUUUUACGGGGAGGGUCUAAAUUGCCUCAAGUUGUGGCGAGCUGUGACUAGACUUGGAGGUUAUGAUAAGGUUACAUCAUGUAAGCUGUGGCGGCAAGUUGGAGAGUCCUUUAAACCCCCCAAGACAUGCACUACAGUGUCUUGGACAUUUCGUGGUUUCUAUGAGAAGGCACUCCUUGACUAUGAACGGCAAAAUAUGCAUAGUGGGGAGCUUAGUAUAAUUGCUGUUUCUCCCACAGAGCCUAUGGUUGGUGACAAUCAGGCAUCUGGAUCCGGUAGGGCACCCAGAGAUGCUGCAGCUCGUGCAAGGCAGGGUUGGCACUCGCAACGUCUUCUUGGUAAUGGUGAAGUUAGUGAUCCUAUUAUAAAGGAUAAGAAUGCAAUGUCUAUGCAAAAACGUGAAAAGCAGCUUAAAAGCGUUGGUCCAGUGAAACGUAAGAAGCAACCAUACUUGGAAAGUUCUAUUAAAGCUACACGACCAAAAACUUCUAAAUCACAGUUAAGAUUGGAUAUACCAGUAGUCGACAUUGGACCACCAGCUGAUUGGGUAAAAAUCAACGUACAGAAAACUAAGGAUUGCUUUGAAGUCUAUGCCUUAGUCCCAGGGCUUCUACGGGAGGAGGUCAGGGUCCAGUCCGAUCCUGCUGGAAGACUGGUUAUAAGUGGUGAGCCAGAGCAACCCGAUAAUCCUUGGGGGGUGACUCCUUUUAAGAAGAUCGUGAACUUACCUUCAAGAAUUGAUCCACACCAGACAUCGGCAGUGGUCACCCUGCAUGGGCAGUUAUUUGUUCGGGUCCCCUUCGAGCAAUCAGAAUGAGCUACUUUGGCGUGCUUAUGUGCAUCAUGUUGAUUGAAACUAACUUUAGGUGUUAGCUUCUGUAGUUCACUAAACCAUGUCCACAUCUUCAGUUCACUCUCCUUUGUACUCUUGUGUAGCGGACUAGAUUAACCUCUGAUUUAUGUUAUCUUUUAGUCCUUAUUUCGCA